AUGGCUGGUGAGAUAUUCACUUCAUUAAAACAAUAUUUAGGAAAUGACAAAGAUGUUGUUGCUGAAUUACAACAACAGCAACAGCAGUCACCCGAAAGCUCGACAAUUAAUAUUAAAGAAUUACAAGAAAUACGUGAUUCACUUCUUCAAAGGCUCAUUUCACUGGAAAUAUAA